AUGAAACAGAAAAUUAAGUUUAUCAUGUUUAUUAUAAUUUACUUAUUUCUACUUUUAACUUCAAUAUAUUGUCUUCAUAAUGAUAUGUGGGUAUUUAGUAAAUUUAUGGAUGAAAUAUGUAAGGUAAGUGGAAAUUUAGAUAGAAGAAAUCAUCGAUCACUUGCAAAUUGUAAACAAGAUAAGUAUUCGAAUAAUGUAUAUUUAAAAGAAAAUUUUCGAAAAAAUGGAGUUAAUAAAGGAAAAGAUAUAUCUAAUAAUAGAAAAGGACCGAAAGGAAAAAACAAACAAUUAAAUAGAUGUUUAUUAAAUAAGGAACAAUACUAUACAGAAGUUAUAGAUUAUAAUAAUGGUAUAUUUGAUGGAAAACAUUUCCAUUUUGAAAAAAAAUUGAUUAAAAAAAAGGAUUAUGAUGAUUUUUUAGAACAAAGCAAGAGAGUUGGUGAUAUAGCUUUAAAAAAAAUUAAACUUAGGAAUUAUGGAUUUGGAUUUUCUAUAUUUAUUAUUUUCUUAUUGUUGGGAAUAGGAUUACCUAUAUUAAAAGGCUAUAGAUUGUUAGAUAAUCUUUCAAAUACAAUGCCUUUUAGUUUUGUUAUGUUCUUUAUAGUAGAUUCUGUAAAUCCAGUUUUAGAAAAAUAUAUUUAUCUAAUAUCUUUCUGCGUACUUAUUAUUAUAGUAUCAAUCAUACUUAUAAUAACGAUUCCUAAGAUUCUAAGAAACAAUGAAAAAUAUAACAAAAUAAAAUUGUUAACUGAGUAA